AUGGAGCAUUCUGAAGGCCUAGAAGGAGUAAAAGAGAUUGAAAAAGGUUUUAAAGAGUCGUGGAAGACAAGCUGUUGUCCAGAACACGAGAUAUUUAUCAAAGACUUUGUUUUAAACAGAUUGACAGCGCUUUAUCCGGAUGAAGUCAACGAUACCUAUCUUCAUUGUCUUAAAAGAUGCUUGUAUCUUUUACAGUAAGUUGUGUUCUUCUAUUAUUUUAUUUUAAAUUUAGAGUUUGUGGUGUUGGAUUGAGUUUGGACGAGAAUAAAAGAGUUCGCGAUAUUAUUCAUGGUCUUGUCGCUCAUCGCAAUGAUUACAUCUCACAUUGUGGAAUAGAAUGUCUGGAAGCUUAUUUAGAAGGUCAUGCUAAGACUUGUCAAGCUUGUGGGGGUGUAGAUUGUUUAAUUUUAAAGGAUGUUCAAGUUAAAUUCAGUCGAAAUGAUUUUCGGGAAAAGCUUUGUGGACGAAUUAUGGUAAAUUUGCGAAACUUUGUUAUUAUAUUAGCCUUUAGGUAUUGUUAUGCACAUGGUCGAAUGAAUAUGAAGCUUCUGAAGAUUUUGUUGAGAGAAGUUACAGGAAUUUGGAAAACACAGAGUAUAGGAAUGCUGUGAGUUGUCUACUACAAUAUCAAUUUAAUCCUUUGUUUAGGCUUUAAAUUUUCUUGUGGCUGAUUUGACGAUAAGUGAACCCAGAAGACAAUUGCAUUUAAAAUAUAUUAAAAGGAUAUUGAAUACUUGUAAUGAUUACCGACUUCUUGGGCGACUUCUUUCGAUAUUAUUCAAGAAUAAUCUGCUCUCAACUUGGUUUUUUGAGCAUAAAGACGAUUUGAUAGGUAAGAUCAAGUUAAUGUAGAUUUUUAUUGUUUAGAUGAGAACAAAAUAGAACCUCAGAUAUUGGUAGCCGAGAGUAUGAUCACGUUUUCUGUGGGUAACAGCUUAACUUGGGAUCAACUGAUUGAUGAAAGGAGUGUUAGAUUGGCUAUACAUCAUGGUAAUGAUGUGGUACGUUUUUUCUUUAUUCUAAAUCUUCAUUUACAUAAGUUCUUUGUUAAAUUUGUUUUAAUAUUAAAGUUUUAUUUUAGAUACGACUGCUAGUACUAAAGUUACUCUCUUGUCAUCCUCGUAUGUCGUUACCUAUAAAAAAGCUAGACUUGGAGUUGAUUUUUGAUGUGAUAGUGGUGUCUAUGACUAUAGAAAGCCCAGCAAUACGUGAUCCGGUCAUCGAUUGUUUGAAAAAGGUAAUAGUUUGUAAAAUACAAUGGACCGUGGUGAGUAAAGGGCUGGCACAGUACGAUUAAUUUUGAAUAACGCCCUGUGCAGGUAAAUUAGUCAAUAUUAGUUAAGAAUGGGUAUUAUCUUGUAGAUGAUACUAUUUUAAGCUACUUUAAAAAAUAUUUUAGAUUCUAGAAGUUUAAAAAAAUUUUUACAUAAAUUUUAAUAAUUGUUGCACGGUGCACAAAGAUAAAAGUUAGUGUUGAUGUUUAAAGUGCAAAUUCUUUAUUAUUUUAAGAAGAAAACGUAAUUUUUCAUUUUUUAAAAUUAUUUUUGAAAUUUUGAACUUGUUUUUUAAAGUAAAAAGGAUUUUUAGCUAUUUGCUCGCAUGUUACACUUGCUUCAACUGUCACACAAAGCUUCAGAAGGGACGGUCGGCUUCUACAAGACAUUUCUACACAAUUUGCACGAUGUUUGUGUAGCUUCUUUGAAUGGAUCAGAGAACUUCAAUCGAAGAUUCUUUGCUUUUCAUGUUUUACGCGAACUUCAUUCCGCUGCUUUUGAUGUUAAAGUCAAUAUAGUUGAUGAAAAAGAUGUUUUCGAUGAAGAAAAUGAGGUAAAACAAGGCUCAAAUGCUACGGAAAAGAAGGAAAAGAUCUCUUCUUACAAUAAAACAGAAGUAAAAAGGAAUAUUUCAUGCUACGAACAGCUAGAACUUGAUGUAAAGGUAGCUUCUGACCAGUUCUUCGAUGUUAUGAUAAGAUCCCUGGACGAUAGCUACGAGAAAUGUCAAGAUAUGGCGGCCGCUCUCUUACUCCGGUCAUACCAAUAUGGUGACAAAGCUAGAUGGAAUGCCAUAAUUUCUCAAACUCUGGCUAAUUCUACAGUAAUCUGUGCCAAAACUCAACAUGGGGUAGUGUAUAAGAUGAAGGUGAUCACGGAAUGUUGCUCCACAAGCGUGAUAGGUAUCAUUAUUGAGCUGGGAACAAAGGCCAAGACCAUGAUCAAGAUGCUACAACAGAAUUUACAGUUGAUUUCGGCUGAAUGUCCCGUACAUACCAUCUUGAAUGCAAUGUCAGCCGUCACCUCCAAGUGUAACAUGCAAGAGGUCAAAGAAGCUGUAGAUGAAUGUAUAAUCAAGGUCUGUUUUGAUGUAAUGGAAAUGGUAAACCCAGUUUUGCAUAGUAUUUCACCAGAAGGCAUGGUACUGGACGAAGAGGAGGAGGAUGGUGAUGAUGAUGGUAUGUUGAGGUAGAUGUUUGUAAGAUUCAUGUGUUCGGAGGGGAAAAAGUAGUUGAGAAUUGUUAAAUGUGUUUAAGAUGUCUAAAAUGAUCAUAUAUGAUGAGUUUGAGCUUUAAAAAUUAGUUUUAGCUCAAAUCAUGUUUUCGUGGUGGGAUCAAAGUGCACUGCCAGUGUUGAUCUAAAAUUAGGUUUUAAUAUUACUUUUAGGUUAAAGUAGAACAUGUUUUUGACAAAGAUAUUGAAACGGACUUAAAUUUUUUAUGUAAAAAUGUUUCGGCAUUUUAAAUUUUAAAAAAUGGGUAAAUAUGAUUUUAGAAGAAAUGAACGUUCCAAACCAAGUUCUGAACCAAAAAAUGCAAUCACAAAGACUGCUGGUUGCUUGUUGGAGAACAAUCAAAGCUGUGUCGGAAAUUUUUGCUAACAUUGUUACUAGAGUAAGUUGUUUUUACUGAAAAUUUUAAUUUUUUAUUUUUUACUCCUCCCAAUACUGCUACCCCUACCUCUAAUCAUACUGUUAUUCCUACUUUUGUAUCUACCCCAUACCCUUGUUUUGUUUUUCCUAUACCCCUACUCUUACUCCCACUUUUAGCUUAACUCCUACUGACGUUGCCCCUACUCUAAUAUAAUCUCUUUUAGUCUCCAAAACACCUACUUCAAAAUGACUGGUCGAAGCAUUUACCGUUGAUCUUGAAUUAUUUUUGGAAUCAACUAACUGAAUGUAGACAUCGUGGUGCAUUCGAAAUGGCAUCAGAAUGUUUUAAAGUGUUUUGUGUAAGAAUGAAAGAGCUGUAUGUUGAGGAUGGUCAUGAGCUGAACCCAAAGGAAUGGCUAGAAGACAUUUUGGAGACAUUAAAUACUGGCAAGGGUAAGGUUUUGAGAGUAGGAACAGGAGGUAAUAUUGUAGGGUCCGGUAGGGUGGUUUAAUUUAGAGUAGGUAGAGUAGGGUACGGUAGAACAGUGUAGGGUAGAGUAGGGUAAGGUAAUUAAGCUAAGGUAGAGUAGGGUACGUCCAGGUACGGUUGGAUAUUGUAGAGUAAGGAAAAAACAAAAUUGUAACCUAAAUAAAAAACUUUAGGUAUCCAUCGACUAGUAUCGACAAGGCGAAGUGCCGGUCUUCCACAUUUAGUGACAGCCAUCUUGGCUGCUUUUCAGCCUAAGGGCAAACAAGACAAAAACGAAGCGUUGGACAGAACCAUGAAACAGCUUCUGAAACGGGACGGUAAAAGCUCAGAAAUAAAGUAAGUUACAUCAAUUUGAUCUUUUAAUGUUUUCGUGCCGGGACCAAAAAUCGAAAUUUUGACUUUUAUGAGAAUGGAUGAAAUUAAUGUUUAUGACAUUUGAAAUGACAUACCAUGUGACUUAAAAUACAUUUGAGCUUUAGUUUUUUUAUACAAAAAUGAUAGGUUAUGUUAGACUAACCACUAAUUUUCUUUUUUAGAGUGCACAGUGCAAACGUCUUAAAAGCGAUCAUAAGCAACAAAAUCUUCAAAAACCAAAUUAGCAAAUAUAUUGAACAAGCUUUGGCAUUGAGUAUCGAAAGGCUACCAUCUUCUUCGUGGAACCUGAGAAACGCAUACUCACAAUUAUUUGCGGCCAUUACUCUACGGAUUUUUGGACCGCAGAAUCUGAAUAAACUUGGCACUGGAAUGUCGGCUUUUGAGUUCUUUACAACGUGAGUUUUUAAGGGUUGAUUGGAAAUGUGAUUUUUUAACAAUUUAAAAAUAUUUUGUGGGUCUCACAACGAAAACUUGAUUUUACAUUUUGGGUUUUUAUUGUUCAAAAUGCUAUUUUAUACCAAUUCCUUGAUUACUAAUCGGCUUUUAAACGUAAAUUUACAUUACUUUAUUAUAAGUUUAGAUUUUAUAAUGCUUUAGGUAUCAAUCUCUAUACCCACUGUUCAUUGACAUUCUAAUCAAAUUCAACCCCCAAAAACUGGAUACGGUAGAUCGUGCGACGGCUGUAGCUGCCUUCUUAUGUCAUAUUAAGCCAACAAAACUGUCAUCAAGUGAUAAGUUUUCUCUGAUAUCAUUCAUGUAUCCUCUACAUUACAUUGCCUUCACAGCACAUUCGGAUCACACCAGAACGUUCGCCGUGAAAUGCUUGAGGUGUUUGUUUGAGGUGGAUUCGUUGUGUGAAGUUAUGAUGGAUGAAUACUUGAAUAUGUUGGAGAUAUACGAUGGUUUACCUUAUGGAUGGGUAGCAUCACUCAACUUUUUGGUAUGUUGUCAUAGUUUUUGAUGUUUGGGUAAAUAUUAAGCAUGUUUUUGUAAGUUCAUAUUUUAAUAUAGAUGUGUAUUGGACUUGGCUAUAAUAGUAAUGCAUUAUGAAGGCUUGAUUUUAUUGUUAUAGGGGUUAAAAUGAAGUUUAUUUGAUAAAAAACGGCAAUUUUAGGUACAUCAUUUAGUAAAAGACACGAAACAACAAAGGUAUAUUGAUUUACUGGGCAGAAAGUAUACAGAAACAGUAGAAAUUUGUCUGAGUAAAAACAGAAUGUAAGUUUGUUGCUUCUGAAUUUUGACGUUUUUAAAUUCAAAUUGAUUUAAUUCUGCACGGUGCAAUGAAACUUACAAGGAAGCUGCCCAACCUACCUCGCUCUGAUUGACUUUAAACUUUUUAUAUAGAACGAUCAUGUUGAUAUAAGAACUUAAGCAAAGUACUAAAUUGCGCUUUCUAGUGAAUCUCGAUAAAAUCGAGAUCAAGAAAAAUACGUUUUGAAUUUUACGCCAAAUUGGCAUUAUCUUUCAAGCUUAUAACUUUGCCAUUUUUUUACUUUUAAUCAUUUUCUGUUGAUAUACUAGUAGAAAACUUUCAAACGGACCUACAUUUUAAAAUUUGUAAGCGUAGCUUGUCUGCAAAGACAAAAAAAGGCCUUGAAACACAAUGCCAAAUUUUUUGACUUGCCGGGAAAUUCAAAUAUUUAAAACUUAAAAGCGCGAGCUAAAGUUUUUUAUGAGUACUAUUUACAAAGAAUUUAUUAUAUAUAAAACUUUGAGAUGGUUCUGAGUUGGGUCAGGCAUGUGUACUUUCUUUGUAAGGUUUUUGCGUUUCUUUUUGUUUGGCUAGAGAAAGAAAGAAAAGUGCGCUUUCUCUGAUCAUUGCGAACCCAAUCAAAAAACAAGCGAGGGUUUGUAUACCUCGCAAAUCAAAUCCUUUCUUUUCGAACAUAGAGUUCCUAAUUAAGGUUGGUAACUGUUUCAGCUCACUUUUGUGUGGAUGAACAAGAUAAAUUUUGGAAUGCUUGGUCGAAGGAUCAGGCUUAUAUUGGAAUAGUUUUGAUUAGACAUGAGAAACGGGUCGGGUCUGACUCUAAUUUAGGUCGGGUCGGGCCUGAAAAUCAAAGCCCGGACUGUUUGCACAAAAAAAAAUUGGGCCCGUUACUCAUUUCUAGUUUUGAUUAAUUCGAGUAUAGUGGUAACGUACUAAUUGUUAAUUUUUGAGAAAAUGAAAGUAGUAUAUAUUGAAAACAGAUCAAAGAAAAAUUACGUGAGGUUAGAGAAAGAAAGAAAAAGCUUAUUCUCUCUUACUAGCGCGCAAACCAAUCAAAAGACAAUUGAGGGUUUAUAUACCUAAACAAUCAAAUCCUUUCUCUUCGAACUAACAGUUCCAUAUUAAAGUUGGUAACUGUUUCAGCUCACUUUUGUGUGGCUGAACAAGAUAAAUUUUGGAACGCUCGAUCAAAAGAUCAGGCUUAUAAUAAAUAAUUUCUUCCAGACCCGAUCUAACCAUCUACAGUAUUACUACAGUCUAUUAUGAGCUCAAAAACAAAGGAUUCAAUAUAAAUCUGGAUAUUUUUGAAAAUUCAUGGAAAAAUGGUCAUCUCAAUCGAUGCCUAUCUUCUCUUGACAUGUUUUCCAAUCUAUUAUGUCAUACUGAAACCAAAGGGUAUCCAGAAGCAUUGGAAAAUAAAAUUUCGAAACUUCGAAGUAUGGAGAAGAUGGAUGAUUCUGGAGAUUGUCAAGCUUCAUCUGGUGUUAGUAUAGGACGAACUGUGAAGUCAUUGGAUGUUGAAGAAGGGUAUGUUGAUGUAGAAGUUGGUUUUUGAUAUUUUUUUCACAUUUUUUUAAUGUUAAACAGAUUAUUUUUGGUUUUUUUACAAAUUUUUUAACGCUUUUUUGAAGUUUUUAAGCCUUUAUUAAGUAUUUUUAUUAUCCGCAGGCAUUGUUUAGGCAUUACACCUCUUUCUAAACCUUUUUCAAGUAUAAUAAAUCUAUAUUUCAGCUCACAAAAGACCCUGAAUACAAUAACAACAAAGUUAUUGCAAGGAGAAGACAUUUGGAACCAACUUGAUCAUGUUAUACUUGACCAAAAAGUGGUGGAAUUGGCUCUGAAUUCGUUGAGAAAUUUGUUACUAGUAAAUGAAGAGAAGGUCAUCAAGUUCUUGGCUAUUUUCCUACAAGAUGAGAAUAGAAAUGUCAGACAAAAGGUGAGAAAAUGAAAAUUUUUGGUAAAAUCUCGAAAAAAAAAUUAAUAUAGGUAAUGAAAAAUGGCUGUCACUUUUGAAGUUUUUAUCGAAAUUUCGUCAAAUUUAGGGAUAAGAUAGCUGAAUGUAUGGCUGAUGAAUAUGUAAAAUGAAAAAUUUCAAUUUUGGGUAAAAGUUACAGUAAUCUUUAUCAAAGGUUCGGAAAAUUCGAAAAUAUUAGAUAUAAAUAAAGAAAAAUGGGUGUAACUUUUGAAGUUUUUGACUAUUUUUUGUCAAAUUUAGGGAUAAGGUAGCUGAUUGUAUGGUUGAUGAACAUGUAAAAUGAGACAUUUUAAAAUUGAGUAGAAGUUACAGUAAUCUUAUUUUAUGUUGGGACUGUCAAGAUUUUGAAGAUUUUUACUAAUUUAAGUUAUUUUUGAUGAAAAUGACAUUUAUAUUGUGGUUAAUUUAAAAUUUUUUAAUUUUUGAUACUUACAGUAAACAGUAGUUUAAAAUUUUUUUUUGAAAAAAUAAAAAAAAUUUUAAAAAUUCUAUUUUAGGCCUCAAGCAUCCUCUCGGCCCACCUAUACCCAUCUCUUAAUCUAACCCUGUUCCCACGCGUACAGUACGCUCUGUUAUGCCUACAGUACCCGGAUUUGGAAGAUUUCGUAAAAGAAAGAAUGUCAGUUCAAUUCGACACCUCUUUAAUGGUAUCGCCAAGUUCAAAUGAACAAAGAAUCUUCGAGGAAUGUAGCCAGAACACCUUCUGCGAACCUAAAUUGUUAAGUUUCGAAGCGAAUGUUGUUAAGAAGUACUCAUUGUUAUUGUUAUAA